CACCGAUCAACCAGACAGACAUUAGGACUACACCAUCUCAAGCUUUUCCCAACUUCUCCCAACUUCUCUUCUUGUACUUAUUUCGAACCCUCGGUUCACUAUGGGAGGAAAGAAAGGCGGUGAGAACUCCAGGAAGGUCGCCGGCAACGCCCGCAAAGCCGACGCGGCCGCCGCGAAACAGGCCGCCGUCGACGCGGCCGCCAGCGCGGCCGAGGGGAAGCAAUGGCAGAAGGGCGCAAAGGAUACCAGUAAAUCGGAGGCCGCCGCCGCCAAAGCCGAAGAAGCCGCCCGUAAAAAGGCGGAGAAAGCCGCCCUUCUCGCUGCCGAAGACGCGGAGCUCCCAUCCAAGAAGGCCGGCGGUUCGAAAGGCGCGCAGAAGAAGAAGGUCGGCCGCCCGGCCGGCUCGGGGCUGGACACGGCACUCUCGUCUCUCGACAAGCCCGCCUCGUCGAUCUCCGCGACCGGCAUCGACAAUGCGCUGGAUGCGCUCUCGCUCACGUCAGGGCACGAUGAUAAGCUCGACCGGCAUCCGGAGCGGCGAUUCAAGGCGGCGUAUAACGCGUUCGAGGAGCGGCGGUUGGGCGAGAUGGUGGACGAUAAGUCGCUACGGCGGCAGCAGAAGAUCACCCUUAUUCGGAAGGAAUUUGAGAAGAGCGAGGAGAAUCCGUUUAAUAGGGUGACGGCGACGUACGAUAUGAGUAAAGAGGAGUUGAAGGGGUUGAAGGAGGCGGAGAGACAGAAGGUGGAGAGCAGGUUGACGGAGGGAUCAGGGAAUUGAGGCGGAGCAAGGGGUUUGACGAUAUCAGAUUAUGCGUUUGAGCGGCGUCACGACACAACAGGAGGGAUAAAUGGCAUGGCAUAACAUAGCUUCAUAAGAUCGGUCUCUUGAGGAGAGAUAUUCGACGUUGCCGUGCAUCACUAAUAGAUCUCGAUGCGUAACAUCGGUUCUCCUUCCCAAGGAGAAGAAUAGAGAGAGUAGCAGAAAUGAACAAAAGAGUGCGACGAAAACAAAUUACCGCC